UGAUCGCCUUCCCCUCUGCUCCAGCUCACUUUCAUCUGAUGGACCACGAUAGAAGCACCCCUGAGAUCCCCGGUUCACUCGUGCCGCCCGAUGUGGCGGAGGGCCUUCGUCGCCAGAUGAACCACCUCUGCCUGCGCAGCCCCAAGGCAAACUCGUUCCCCGGUGCACAACCGGUGUCGUUCGCGCGCCAUCACAUCGACACGCUUUUGUCGCGCGACUACUUUGUGUGUGAGAAGUCGGACGGCUUGCGUGUGUUGAUGUUGGUGUUGCACGACGGCACCCAGCAGGGUGUGUUUAUGGUCACGCGGUCGCAGGAAUUCUACCAGAUCCACAACGUAUUCUUCCCCAAGCUGAGCGACAAUGACUUUCUGGAGUUGCACAACGGGACGCUUAUCGACGGUGAGUUGGUCUACAGUAACCGCUAUGACGGAAAAGGCAAAGAAAUCCGCUUCUUGGUGUUUGAUUGCUUGACCAUCAACUACAAGCAGUUGGUGAAGAACGAUUACAACAAGCGCUUGGGUCAGCUCGACAUGUACUUUAUGCGUCCAUACCUCAAGUUCAAGGAAAAGCACCCGGACGUGGUGGCGGGCUACCCCUUCAAGGUGACAAUGAAGCAGUUAACAACGAGCUCGCGAAUCCCCAAGGUUUUCGCACAAGUCCCCAACCUCCCGCACGUUUCCGAUGGCUUGAUUUUCACGUGUGACCACGCACCGUACGUUUCCGGAACAGAUAACACGUUGCUCAAGUGGAAGCCCGCGGAGGAAAACACAAUCGACUUCAAGCUCGACUUGCACUUCCGUGAGUAUGUGGAUGAGGAUUUGCCGGACGACGACCCCCAGAGAAAGUAUCUCGACUACGACUCUAAGCCGGCAAUUGAUUUGUUGGCAUGGUUAGGGGAUAGGGAAUACGAAAAGUUUAAUAUUCUUACGGUGACUGAGACCGAAUGGGAGGAGUUGAAGCUACUCGACGAGCCGCUUAACGGGCGGAUCGCUGAGUGUCGCCGCGAGGAUGGUGCGUGGCGCAUGUUGCGUUUCCGCGACGAUAAAGCCAACGCGAAUCACAUGUCGACGGUUGAAAAGGUCAUGCAGAGCAUUGAAGAUUCGGUCACGAAGGAAGAGUUGAUUGCCGCGGCCGAGCAAAUUGCGCAUAAUGAAGAGCAGAGACGGAAGAAUCGGUCGAUGAACCCGCCGCCGCCGCCUGUGAAGCACCAGGCCGAGGUUCACGAGGAGGAAGCCAAACGCCAAAAGGUGGAAAAGCCGGAUAAUGAUGUUCCACAGUACGAGGACCCCGAUGAGUACGAGCUUUCCGAUUAGAUAUAUGUAUUAUAACGAUUUUAUGGACGGAAUAUCCAGGUAUAUAAAAAACGAGGGGUAGGAUAUAAGACAGGCAUACUAGUGGCA